GAGGAGAGAGAGAGAGGCUCUGAAAUCAAGGGGGAGAAAUAUUCAGGUUUCUGAUGGGGACUUCUGCUUCAUCCCAUCCCUUAUUUUUGCCUCAUCAGCAUGACCAUACGCGCUUAAAGUAACAUUCGGCAAUAACAGCUUUUUUUCCAGCAACAGAUGCGCUCCAUCCUGAUUUUUGUUGUUUCCAGUAGCUGCGGAGGGAAUUUAAAACGAACACAAAACAAAAUAUAAGCUCACCCGAAUGCUGCGAGAAACUGGACUCUCUGACACCAUAGAAACUACGAUCUGAUUGAUCUUUUUUUUUUUUUUUGUAAAGCUUGAUGUGCGUGUUCCUGCGCGCACUCGAAACGAACCUGAGCCAAAAGCAAACUCCUCCUCCCUUCGGUUUCUCUCAUCCUCUCCCUCCUCCCCCCCGGUCCUCUAUGCUCAGUUCGGUGUGUGUAUCCUCUUUCAAAGGGCGCAAGGGUGGGAACAAGUCGUCCAACAAAGCAUGUUACAGCGCAGACAUGACUUGUCCGUCGGAAAGCGAGAAAAUCGUGAUAAACUGCGGGGGGGUGCGGCAUGAGACCUAUCGGAGCACCCUGAAGACGCUCCCCGGGACCCGCUUGUCGUGGCUCACCGAGCCGGACGCCUUCAGCAACUUCGACUACGACCCCAAACUGGACGAGUUCUUCUUCGACCGCCACCCGUCGGUGUUCUCCUUCAUCCUCAACUACUACCGCACCGGGAAGUUGCACUGUCCCAACGACGUGUGCGGGCCCCUGUUCGAGGAGGAGCUGGCCUUCUGGGGCAUCGAUGAGACGGACGUGGAGGCGUGCUGCUGGAUGAACUACCGGCAGCAUCGGGAUGCGGAGGAGGCGCUGGACAGCUUCGAGACCCCGGCGGACGCGCCGGACGACGAUCCGGCUCUGGGGGGUGCGGACGGGGACUUGAAAAGACUGUGUAUGCAGGAGGACGCUCGGAGAGCUGGGUGGUGGAAAACCUGGCAGCCCAGGAUAUGGGCUCUGUUUGAGGACCCUUAUUCCUCCAAAUACGCCCGGUAUGUGGCAUUUAUUUCCCUCUUCUUCAUCCUCAUCUCUAUUUCUACUUUCUGUAUGGAGACGCACGAGGCCUUCAACACCAUCACAAACAGGACAGAGAACAUCACGGUCGGCAAUGGAACCCACGAGGAGAUCGUGUUUGAGGUGGUGACUGACAGCUGGUUGACGUAUGUGGAAGGCGUAUGUGUCAUUUGGUUCACCAUUGAGGUCAUGCUGCGAGUCACUUUCUGUCCAGACAAGUUGGAAUUCUUCAAAAGUGCCCUCAACAUCAUCGAUUUUGUUGCCAUCCUGCCCUUCUAUCUGGAGGUUGGCCUGAGUGGUCUGUCCUCCAAAGCUGCCAAGGAUGUCCUGGGAUUUCUCCGUGUUGUCCGAUUUGUCCGUAUCCUCCGAAUCUUCAAGCUGACCCGUCAUUUUGUGGGUCUCCGUGUCCUUGGUCACACCCUUCGAGCCAGCACCAAUGAAUUUCUCUUGCUCAUCAUCUUCUUGGCCCUUGGUGUCCUCAUUUUUGCCACUAUGAUCUACUAUGCUGAGAGAAUUGGCGCUGACCCAAAGGACCCAACAGCAAGUGCCCAUACCAACUUCAAGAACAUCCCCAUUGGAUUUUGGUGGGCUGUGGUGACAAUGACUACAUUGGGUUAUGGUGACAUGUACCCAGAGACGUGGUCAGGGAUGUUGGUGGGUGCGCUGUGUGCCUUGGCUGGUGUACUAACCAUUGCUAUGCCUGUACCUGUCAUUGUCAACAACUUCGGCAUGUACUACUCUCUGGCUAUGGCCAAACAAAAGCUGCCCAAAAAGAAGAACAAACAUAUCCCUCGAGCACCACAGCCUGGGUCUCCCAACUACUGCAAGCCAGAUGCUCUAGCUAUGGCAACUGCAUCACCACAAAGGAUCUUGGGAAAUGUCUUGGGAAAUGUACUGGGGUCUGGAGGUAUAGGGGGUGACUGUCCUCUCGCCCAAGAAGAAAUUAUAGAGAUCAACAGAGAUUCCAAACAGAACGGUGACGCAGCCUCGGCUGCCUUGGCCAAUGAGGACUGUCCCACCAUCGACCAGGUGCUAAGCCCAGACGAGAGGAGCCCCAUUGGGCGAGGCCCUACUCGGGAACGCUACCAGCAGGAUCGAGCCUGCUUCCUACUCAACACCAGGGAAUUCCGUGCCACAGAUGGAAAUGUGCGGAAAGGUUGUGUCAUAUCACGCGUGUCAACGGGCUAUGAGAAAUCGCGAAGUCUCAAUAACAUAUCCGGAGUAGCCGGGUCAGCCCUGCGACUCGCUCCUAUCACCAGUCCACCGUUCGAGACCUACGAAACUCCGGGGCAGCUGCGUCGUUGUCGUUCCCCUAUUCCGUCGAUUUUGUAGCUGAAAAGAUUCACGUGAUUGGGUGACAGAGACGAGCAGUAGACUGAAAAACAUGCAAAGAAAUAGCAAUAAUGUGAAAAAAGAACUUUGAUUGUAGAAUGACCAUUAGUCUUGUGAAUACAAAAGUUUGUUAUGCAUGCAUCGAGUAUGCAGAUGGGGCAAAGUGCAAAACGUAGCUUUAAGAAUAAAAUUACAAGAUACAGUUUUAAUUAAAUAAAUUGAUUAGGUAAUAGUAUCAAUGGUAAUAACAAAGAAAACAUUUUCAAGUUUAAAUUUGUAGGUAAAUGUCCAUUUUCGUGUGUUAAGGACCAAACAUAAGCUUACUUCUACAAAUGAAGAAAUGACCACAAAACAAAAUAAGUUCGUUUAGCGAAAAGAAAAGAAAAUCUCCAUUAGAUUUAUCAUUUAUUAUUAAUAAUAUUAUAAAUCCCCAGCUUCUGCAGGCCACAGUUUCAACAUACCAUCAUCUCAUUAUAUGACUUUUUGUGGUUAGUUUAAAUAGUAAAGCCAAAUGAUGUCACGAGUUUUUCUAAAGAAAAAAUAAUAAUAAGCUGUAGAAUAAAUAAUGAAACAGUUGUUUCUGUUUAGUUCAUUGCUGAAUCCCAUAUAUGCAACUGAAGUUAAAAUUAAAGAUCCAUUCAGCCUUUUCUAAGAGGAGGUGGCUGCGAGAAUCUGAUGUACUUAUCUCAUCUAUAUUUAAAAAAAACAUGACAGGCCUGUAAGGAUAAUGUUUAGUCAAAGUUGUAGGAUUAUUUGAAAAAUGUUAAAACAAAAACAAAUCAUGUAAAUCACGUCAAGAACUAGAAACAGAUCAUUUAAACUUAAAUAUAAGCUUUCAUUUUUAGGUAUUUUUAAUGAAACCUACUAGUGUCGCUGUAAGUGAUGUUUACCACCAAGCAGGUCUCUUCCUAAACAUGCACACCUCCCGUGUUUUCAUGUAGUCUUCACAUGACAACAAAAUGAAAUGCUGUGAAAUGCUAAAUUGUGACGGUUUUGUAUGAGGGAGGUCUGGUUGUGUUUGGGGACUAGUCUGGAUUCACUAAUAGGAAGCAGUAAGACUAAUUCUACAAUUUGAAUUCAAUUAAAAAUGAAAACAAAAUAGGUGCAAAUAGUGCAAUUUUUUUCUGCCUGAGCCAACCAGCUAAAGGUGGAAUGCUGCUGUUUCAGAAAAUUGGACUCACUGAAUUGAUCUCAGAAGUUCAUACAAAGACGAUCAAUACACUAAACGUUCCAUCAUUUCAACACAUUCUCACUCCCAGCGCGUCAAAAACAAACGCUUGGUCAGCCACCCUCCGCGUCAGACCCCCUGAUGCCAAAAGUGCCCUUUUUCGUCACUUAUGUGCAAA